GCUGUCUGCUGUCUGCUCCCGUGGUUCUCUUCUUGCGCGGUUGCGCACUAGCUUUUGCUUUGUAGACUCUGUAUCAUCGACGAGCUCCGACCUCGACUUAGCUCCGGGCAGCAGGCGAUGAUGUCGGUGAGCCUCGUGAGGGCGUCGCUGCCGGCCUGGUGCACGGCGGCGGCGGCGGGGAGCAGCGGCCUGCGCUCUCGCCUGCGCGGCACGGCGUGCUCCGGUCGGCGCGUGGGCGUCCGGUGCAGCUCCACCACGCCGCCGGGUUUCCCUCCGGGGCCAACGCCGCCGGGGUUCCCCGCGGUGCCGUCGCCAGAGGAGGUGCCGGGCAUGGCCCGCCCGCCCAAGGAGAUGCCGGGCACGGCGCGGACGCCGCAGGAGAUGCCGGGCAUCGACACGCCGCCGGAGUUCAACGCGCCCCCGGGCGUAGACGUGCCGAUGCCGGGGGCGCCGGUGCCGGGCAUGCCUCCCAGCCCGGAGCAGCCGGGGCCGUUCGUGCCGUCGCCGCCAAGGCCGGAGAUCCCGACCGUGCCGCCGAACCCCGACGUGAUCCCGCCGCCACCGCUGGAGGUGGAUCCGCCGCGCGCCCCGCCCGAGGUGGUACCUCCGCAGCCAUCCGACGUCCCGCCUCCCUUAGUGUGAGUAAGCGCGCGCAGUGCCGCCGGCUACGACGGUGACCCGAGAUCCGCUGUAAAAUAGCGUAGUAGUAAUAUGUGCAACUAGCUUCCAGCUGCUUCAAAUAAAAUAAAGAGGAUUGGCCAUGGCGCCCUGUUCUGGUGUAAAUUUUGUCACGGAUGAUAAGCAUGAAUCUUGUCACAGUUCUCUGAA